AUGUCGACGACUGCGAGAAAGACAUUCGAAGUCAACAAUGAUGUUCAAACUCUAGACCCGUCGGCGGCUAUCUUCCAGUACGGCCGCGAAGAGGAGAGUGCCCUCGAGGACAAUGCUCCUUGGAAGAAUGACCCACAUUACUUUCACACUGUGACUCACGCCCGCUCGGGAGGCCUCUACGAGAUCAUGGGAGUGAUGUAUGGCAAAGUACGAGAUGGCACUUUCUGGAUCAUGGACGUCGCCGCUCUUCCCGUCCAGGGUACGGAAACCCGAGUGAACGCUGGUAACGAGGCAAUGGAGUACAUGGUCAACUUUCAGGAGGCCAACAGGGAAGCUGGCAAGGGUGAGCUUCUACGAGGCUGGUAUCAUUCACAUCCCGGCUACGGCUGCUGGCUUUCCGGUAUCGACGUCAACACUCAAAUGACGAAUCAGACUUUCAACGAUCCAUACCUUGCCGUCGUGAUCGACCCCAACAGGACUGUCUCUGCAGGGAAGGUUGAGAUUGGCGCGUUCCGCACCUACCCCGAAAACUACUCCCCGCCUUCCGCCGGCAAAUCUCAAUACCAGUCUAUCCCGAUGGACAAAAUCGAAGACUUUGGUGUCCACGCCGCAUCUUACUACCCUCUCAAGGUUGAAAUCUACAAGAGCAGAUUGGACGAAAAGAUGCUUGAUCUGUUGUGGAACAAGUAUUGGGUCGCAACCCUCAGUUCCAAUUCUCUGGUUUCGAACCUCGAGUACAACACCUCCCAGGUCAAGGACCUCAAUGCCAAACUCCAAGAUGCUACCUCAAACCUCUCUACCUCUUCUGCAAAACUGAAGCUGAAACCCGCUGAUGCUUCCAAAUCGACGUCCGGCAAGGGCAAGGAGAAGGAACCAGAAGAAGUCGAAGAAGAGGAAACCCCUUUGAGCAAAGUGGCAAAGGAUAGUACCCGCAUCACUCAAGAAGCGCACAAUGGCAUUGUGUCUCAGCUUCUCAAAGAAAAGUUGUUCAACACACCGUUGUCGCGGCCAGUGGGCGAAGAAGCGGCAUUGGCGGCGGUCCAGGGGAAGCAGGUGGUGCGCCUGUAG